AUGUCUCUCAUUCCUCCCAAUCCCGAUGCAGUGGUGUCGGAAGACGAGGACAACGUCUGCAUUCCCGAACAUUGUUUUCGCUGUUUCGAUGCUCUCUUUUGCGCCCUCACUUCGCACACGCUCCUCCCCGCUGAAUUCCCGGACGAGAAAUACCCCCUGUUCGUGACUUGGAACACUAGAUCUUUGCGCCCUGGUAGGGCCCCAAGAUUAAGAGGAUGCAUUGGAAUUUUCCAGCCAAUCUCCUUGAGGGAUGGGUUAGCCGAGUACGCACUCAUCAGCGCAUUUGAGGACUCCAGAUUCAAGGGGAUCGAGCAGCACGAACUCGUGAACUUGGAAUGCGGUAUCUCACUCCUCACUGAUUUUGAGGAUGCGUCAUCCUACCUUGAUUGGACCGUCGGGGUCCACGGCAUACACAUAUCAUUCCCUCACCCAACUUUACUGCCCGCACCCACAUCUCCUUCAACUUCACCGUCUCCGCUGUCCUCUUCCUCUUCUGUACCAACACGCAGCAGCCUCAAGCACACAUUUUCUGCCACAUAUCUACCAGAAAUUGCUCCUGAACAAGGUUGGGACAAGAUUGAAACCAUAGACAGUGCUAUUCAUAAAGCUGGCUGGAACGGGCGCAUCACCGAAGACAUUCGUCGCAGCGUCAAACUGCGCAGGUAUCAAAGUAGGAAGUGCACAGUAGAUUGGGAGGAGUACGUUCAAUGGAGGACCAAAAAUGGAGGAAGAAUGUAG